AUGGAGAUAAUUGUAGAACGGAUAAUUAAGAUUGAGCAGUCUAAAAGGUACCAACUGCAAGUCGUUCAAGAGCCUAUACGAGCAAGAAUGUGUGGUUUCGGUGAUAAAGACCGCCGUCCAAUAGACCCACCUCCUGUUAUUAAACUUCUCGUGUCCACCGCCGAUGGAACCCCUGUAUCUGAAAGUUCUAUUGAUCAUACUACUAUGAUUGUUCUUGCUGGACUGUGGUCUGAAGAUUGUAAAGAAGAUCGCAGUCUUGUAAUUAAUCCAUCUUCCAUUCCCGCACAUUCUUCUGGCUCGAAUUCAAGUAUUAUGUCACUAAAUGCGCCAUUGAGCACACGGAAUCUUGUGGGUCAAAGUACUUCGUCCGCAUAUGUGCUCAAUGAUCAUAUGAAUCAAUUAGGAAUUUUUUUUAUAUUUCACGACUUGUCAGUUAGAACGGAAGCUGCUGAAGUAUAUAGCUCUAGUUUUAGAGCAUAUUUCGCAAAAAAGUUCCCGGGUAUGACAGAAUCGACUGCGCUUUCUAAAGCUUUCGCUAAACAGGGAAUUAAAAUCCCAAUUCGUAAGGAAUCUCGUUAUCGAAGAGCCAGCGACGAUUUACCUGACCAAACAAACGAAAUCGCUACUCCUUCAACAUCAUAUACCGCUUCUAAUAAUGCACCUAAUGACAUUGAAUCUGAUGAUCAGGAUGAUGUCAUCGUAGAAAAACAGGAACCUUCGGAAGAUUAUAUUGACGUUCUUUCUGAUACUGCGCAUGAAGAUAAUAAGGAAUAUUUAAUUGAAAAAUGGCAACGAAUGCCUAAAUAG